AUGGCAAUCAAUUUCUCAGCAUCAUUUGCAGCAUGUCUGGCAGCAGGCCUCAAAGUUCCUCGAAAUUUUAUGUAUUGCAUUGCCCAAGGUAAAUUUAAAGUUAACUAAUUUUAUGAUAAAAUAUAACAGUUAUGUAGUUAUAAUUUCAACAACUCGCAUAUUUUUUAAUUUAAAAAAAUGAAUUAGAUAACAAAUAUUACAUCCACAUUACAUAUUUAUAAUAUUAAACCGUAAGUAGGUACCUAAAUCAUACAAAUUACUAAUUAUGUAGUUUUUUUUUAAACACUAUUUAAAAGUGUUUUGUUAUUUAAAUUAAUAUGUAUGAUGCUUAAGUAAUCCACUUAUGUAUCUAUUUUUUUUUAUACAUUUUAAAUAAUUGAACUUAUUAGAAAGACUUAGUGGCUAGACACUUUACUGAUUAGUGUCACAUAGAUUUUGAGUCUUGGAAAAUUGUAAAAUUAUCAUCUUACAGGUGUACAUUAUUUAUAGUUUUGUAUUAAAAAGAUUUAACAAUUUCACAUAUAAUUAUACAUAAUGCCAGAGGGUAAAUCACUAAACGAAAAUCAGUGUACAAACUAUUGAUUAAUGAUUUCUCACUGUAUGCUAUCAAUAUAAUAAUUUAUACACCGUAUAUAACAUACAUAUCUCAUAUUGAUUAUAUUAUGUGAUGUUUUAUUGAUUUUGAUAGUUUGGGUUUAUUUGCUCAAUAAAUGGAACUAAAGAUUUUAUAUCACUUAUGUAAAUUAAGUUAGUAAACUAACUAGACCAAAAUUAAAUGAAUUCUUUUUCGAUUAAUAAUCCUUCCAAUAAAUAUUUUAUUUGAUACCUACUGUUUGUUUAUACCUAUGCAUGUUAUUUUAAUUUUCAUUGAGAUUUGAAAUCAAAAUUUUAGUUAAAAAUAGUUAAUAAAAACUUCCAUAAUUAAUACAAAUUUAUGUAAUAUUACAGUGUAAUUUUGAUAAUAUUUCUAAAAAUUACAGUAGAUUUCACUGCAAAAUAUAUAUAUAUAUAUAUUAUGAUACACCUACUCAAAAAAGAUAUUAUUAGCUAGAUUUCAGUUUUCAGUAAUUUUCGAAUAAAUUUACUCACACAAUUAUUAAUAAUGCAUAAUAUAUAUUAUGCUUAUUUAUUGUAUUUAAUCUUUGCACAAAAGACAGUCAGUAUAGUUCAAUUAAGAAUCUUGAAAUUAAUUCUUGGCCCUGAGGCGCCCCCAGACAGCCUGCCUAGACAUAAUAAGUCUAGAAGCCCAGACCACAUUCCCAGCUAUGGCCAGGCCAACACUGGUAUACUUAUUUAAGUAACUAAAUAUUUAACAAAACUAAUAACUUUGUGGCUUUUGGUUCAGAAUAUUAGUUUAAUAAAUUUAUUUGUGCACCAAUCAGAAUUACAUUAAGUAUUUUUAAUUUCUUACCUAUUUUUUGGGGUGUUUUUUUUUUUCAAGUUUUAACCCUAAAUAGUUGCAUAAUCCAGUCAAUAGUCUUCAAAUCCAAAUAAUAACUAAUAUUAAUUUACAAAUGAUCAUAUAAUUAUUACCAGUUUGUAUAAACCACAAAUAAACAAAAUAAAACAAAACAUAAAAUUGUAUAAUAUUUAUGUAUAUUAUAUAAAUAUAUUUCCAAAGAUCAAGACUCAAAAUUUUAGGUAAAUUAAGAGUAGAAAAUUAGAAAGCUUACCUUCAAUUUAAUCAGUAUAAAAAAUUUAGAUUUUUGAUUACCUAUUAUACUAUAUUUUUAAAAUUGUAUUCAACUUAACGGUAUACAAAUAAAUAAACAUAUUAUUUUUUAUGAUUUGAUUUUAUUUAAAUGUUACAAUAUUUGUAUGAAAUAUAUUAAUAUGCACAAGUUUUGUAUAUCUGAACAAGGUACAAAAUAUAAAUACUGGGUAUUUACUUUCUUCUAUUUUUACUGAAAUUGCUAGUGAUUUAGUUCUUUACUUUAAAUUUUUUUUUUUUUUUAACAUAAUGUUUAUUGAAGUAAUUGUAAUUGUAUUUGUACAAUUUUUAAACUAUUAAAUUACAGAUUUGAUAUUCAAUUGUAGUUUUAUAUAUAUGUGUCCUAUAAUAUACCCAUUAUAAUAUCUCCAGAAAUAAUAAAGAUAAUCAAAUUCUAUUUUCAAAUUUUUAUAAAUAAUAAAAUUUAAAAAAAAAACAGAAUUUGAUUACCUUUAUUAUUUCAGGAUAUAUUGCAAUGGGUAUAUCUUCAUGGGACACAUGUAUAUAUAUUUAUACUUUACAUACAAUUAACAAUUUUAGUUUUAUUUAAAAGCUAAAACAUGUCCGUAUUAAGUUUUCUUUUUUAUUUGAUUAGUUUUAAUUAAAAUGUAUUUAUUGUUGAUUAAAAACGUAGAUGGGUAACUAAAAUAAAAUUGUAUUUUUAUGGGCACAAUUUUAAUUGAGUAAAGAAAAUACUUGUAUGUUUAAUUGGAUCCAAGUAUUUUGAGUGCAUAUUAAUGACCUACUGGUAACUACAGUUUUACUGAAAUCAGAAAUUGGACAAUAUUAUAUGUAUUGUGUAUUAGGAAUAAUAGAAUAUAAAUAUUAAACAAAAUUUGGUGGUGAUACUAUACUAUGGGUGAUCAAUCUAUCUUAAGAUACUCGUUAUCCCGGAAAGUAUUAACUUUUUCCGGAAUUUGUUUUCUAGAAUAUUUAAGAAAUAAACUGUUUUACAAUUUAUAUUUAUGUUAUUUUUGGGAGUAAAACCACUACCUACUUUUGAUUUUCAAAUGGCAAACUAUAUUAAACAUUUCAUAAAUAGAUUAUUAAAGUAUUAUUUAAAAUAUAUUUUAAUGUUUAGUAUCAUUUGUGUGGCGGUAUGGCGUGUUAAUAAUGCACCAACCACUCUCCCCCAACACAAUCUUAAAAAUGGAAUAUCUCGUCAACGGAUUGACGGAAAUCAAAAAUUUCAACACAAAAAUUUAUUUUAACUAAUAUUUCUUUUAUUUAUGGAAUUUUUAAUGUAGGUUACCAUUUGAAAAUCAAAAGUAGGUAGUGGUUUUACACCCAAAAAAUAACACAAAUAUAAAUUGUAGAACAGUUAGUUUCUUAAAUAUUAUAAAAAAACAAAUUCCGGAAAAAGUUAAUACUUUCCGAGAUAACGAGUAUCUUACGAUAAAUUGAUCACUCUGUAUAUUACUAUGAUACUAUGAUAGGUACCUUAGACAUGUUUACAGUAUACUACCCCUCCACUCAACAGACCGACCGCCUACUUCUCAUUACAAUGGCCGGAGGUGUUGUCAUCGGCAAGUGCUGCCAUCUAAGAUAUUAUUGUUCUUUCCAUAUGUUUAAACGGCAACUCGGCAACAUUGCAUCCAUUAAUACGUAGAACAAAAAAAAAAAGGAAAAAUCCAAUUUAUUGUGAUAAAAAAAUGUGCUUUUUAUCAGUUAUUUAGUAUAUUUUUUUUUCGCUGGCACAUUUUUGUUUUGUUUUUUUUUUUUUUUUUUUUUUUGUUUUAUUUAUUUAUUAUUAUUUAUACUAAUCUAAUUAACUUGUAGGCUGGACGAUUACCUACUAUAUCACUUUCUAAAUUUAAUGUAUAAGACCAAUGAUCAUCAAUACACAGGAAACACCCAAACCUGAUGAAGGUACAUUUGAGUGGGACGGUUUAGCGUAACUAAUUGAAUAAACUGUUAAUAUUAGUAAGUACGCGCGCACAAUUUUGAUUAUUGGUAUUGUUUUUACAGAGAAUGGUGCCCCAUAUGUCAUAUACAACAAAGAUGGCCACCACCAACAAGGACCAAAUGGCAGUAAUGGCCAAUGGGGACCGGGGCCUUCACAAAACGGUUACCCAGCUCUUGUACCGACUCAACAACAUGAACCAGCAGAACAAUCUACUGAACAGACGUCUCAAUCGACGAUUACUUCGCCUUUACCAUCACCUUAUCCAAACACCAACCAUUCAAUUCAAGGUAUUUGUAUUUUAAUUUUUCCAUAAUAUAGAUCUGACUGUCUCUAAAUGUGUCUCGAAUAGGUUCUGGAAAUGGUGGUGAAGACGAAACACCACCAGAAGAUAAUGCCGUUGAAUCGGAUCGUACCCAACCAGGACAGUAUGGUCCGGGAGACCCAUCCAAUUAUUAUUCUGGUGUAAGAGGAGGCCCUCCACAUAUGCUGAGUCCGUCGAGUUUCAUGUCCUAUUUGAAACAACCUGGUGUUAUGUUAACUCCUUUAAAUCCAGCUGAAGCAUCUGGCGAUUUUCCUAAUAUGCCAGAUCUUAUACAUCAACAACAAGAAGCAUCUGGGAAAAAAGGUUCUGACCUACGGUUAUUCAAAUGUCUUUCGUGUGGUAAAGACUUUAAACAAAAGGCUACACUCAUGCAACACGAGCGCAUACAUACCGACUCCAGACCAUUUGUGUGCAGUGAUUGCGGUAAACGAUUUCGUCAACAGUCGCACCUUACGCAACAUGUGCGUAUACAUGCCAAUGAAAAACCAUUUGUUUGUGUCUACUGUGAACGAACUUUCAGACAGCGGGCUAUUCUCAACCAACAUCUACGAAUUCAUUCGGGUGAGAAACCGUACGGGUGCGGAGACUGCGGCAAGGCGUUUCGGCAGAAAGCCAUCCUGAACCAACACGUCCGCACUCACCAAGGCGAGCACUCUCAUUCCUCGUUAAAUAGUAGCGAUUCCUCAAGUUCACCUCCGCCCUCUCAACUUCACAAUAAUUUAAACGCUUUUCUCAAGUCUUCAGCUGAAGCGUUUAGAAUGAAAUACUACCCGAACCUAAGUGAUAGUGCACAAGACGAACAACACUUGACCAACUCUGAAUUUAGAAAUGUUGCUUCGAGAUUACUGCAUAAUAAUCUUAAAGCAAAACACAUAAAUUCCUCUACCCAUAGUUCUUCAUCUAAUAAUGCCAAAACUUCUUUAAACAUGCUGGACAUUCCUUCAAGAUCUUUCCCUAGAGCCAUUGUUAGGACAAACGUUGCCCAUAUCAGAACUGAAGAAGGUCUCCCUAUGAGAGUUGUAACUGAAAAUGAUAAAAAAUAAAUUCUCACCCAUGUUAGGUCAGGCAUGGUAUAUAUGAGAAAUAUCCAAAAUUAGGUACUGUUUUCAGGAUGGCUUGCAAACAAAGUUUCUCUGCAUCCGUAUGAUAAAAUAUUACGCUACCUAUUUUAAUUGCUGUUUACUAAUACACAAUAUUUAACUGCCUAUUGUCACUAUUUCAACGUAUUAACAUUUUUUUCAAUUAAUUAAAUGUUAUAUUUGCUUUUUAAAUUGUGGAGUGAUAUUUUAAACCACGCCUGAUCUUUUUUAAUAAAGAUGUUAAGUUAACUUGAUCAAACAUCCUUAAAAAGUUUUCUUAUUAUUACAAUAAUUGUUUUAUUUUUUUUGUUUUAUUAUUAUUAUUAUUUUUUUUUUUUUUUUUUUUUUUAACAAUUUAAAACACGAAAUUUGUAAUAUUAAAUUUUUCUUGUAAAUAAAAAUUAGAUAUUAAUUAUUUUUUAAAUAAUUAAUAUCCAGUAUUAUUUAGUUUGUCUAUUGAGAUUUAAUUAUUUUGUACGAUAAUAAUUUUAAUUGAAAUACAAUUAAACGUGGAAAAUAUUAACAAUAGGCCUGAAUAUAUUUUAUUUUCAGUUUUUUAUUUUCCUUUUACUAUGAGUAUUAUAAUUAUUAUUUAUUAAUUUUAUUUUACUUUUGUUUUAUUUUUUUUUAUGUUUGUUUUUAUCCUUAUAUAAUGUAUAUAAUAUAUGUAUACUAUAUAUAUAGGUAACAUUCCUUUUGUGUAAUUCCUUUUAAUAUGCUUAGUUUUUAUAUUAAAAGUCCAAUAAAAAAAUGAUAUCCUAAAUAUUAUUCCUGUUUACUAAUGUCGAGCACAAUUGAGAAACAUGUUACAUAAUUUUUGUAUUUGAGUAAUGAGUUUUAAGGUAUUAUUGUGUUGUCUGUCUGGUGGCUUCUAUCUGGUUCGGAGCGGCAUGUUCUUUUGAAUAAGUUACUCUGCCCAUGGAUUAUUGGUGACAACAACCAAGGAGAAAAUGUCGCUCCGCUCAAGGAAGGUGAGAAAAGCUCCAUUCGGCAACACAAGAGUUUUAUGUCUACAAAAGUCAAUUUGUAUAACCAUAUUCAAUAAUAACUUAAUAAAAUUGUUUAAAAAUUAUUAAAUUAUUAAUAGUUUAAAUAUAUUAAAAGUAUACUCAUAACAUUUAGAUUUUUAUUAUAUAUUUUUUUGAUAAAACUAGUAGACAUAAAACUUUUGAAUAUUUUAAGAAGUUAUCAUUGAGUAUAAAUGGUACAAACAACAUACAUUGUUUAUACUUAAGGCUGUUCAUAAAAUUUCCUAUUGAGUGUUAGUUAGUGUUAACCAGUAGUUAUUUUUUCUGUAAACUGCCAACAUUUUAUCGACUAACUAACAAUUAGCGCUAAUAAACUCUUUUAAUAAACAUUUUUAGAACGGCCUUGAAUGAUAAUAAAGACAAAAUAUUGAUGUUAAAUUACGUUUUGUGUUCGACAAUAUCAUCUUAGUCCUUAAAUCGUUAAAUUGAUUAUAUUAUCACUUAAAAAUUUAUUUUAAUAUCCUAUAAAGAAAAAUUAACCCCUUAAUUUGAGAAAGGAACCUAUUUCAUUUAUUAACUUUUGUAAUCCUAUUAUCAAUAUUGUUUAAAACUUUAAAUAUAAAUAUUUUUUAAAAAAAUUAUGAGUUCUUAUAUUUAUGAUUUAUUUAAUUUUUCAGAUGUGGGCCCACAUUUAGUGUACAAAAAUGGACAACUUUGGCCACAAGAUGUGCCAUUACCGCAGUCUAAACUAGGACAAUACGACACAAAUGAUCCAUGUUAUUCUCCAGAAAAUACUCCUCAGUUUCCUGCAUACUUUAAAGAUGCCAAAGGUAAUAAACAUAAGUUACUUUUUAAUUUAUUAUAAAUAAUUAUUAUUAUAAUUUCUCUUCAAGGUGUCGUGCAUGAAAUUUUUGGCCAAGCUGGUAAAAGUCUACCUGAUGUAAUUCAACAUGGACGUAGUGCUGGAAUGCCCCUUUUUGUUCGUUGUCCAAUUUGCAACAAAGAAUUCAAACAAAAGUCUACGUUACUACAACACGGUUGUAUUCAUAUAGAAUCCAGACCAUACCCUUGUGUAGAGUGUGGUAAACGUUUUAGACAACAGUCACAUCUCACCCAACACCUCCGCAUACAUUCAAAUGAAAAACCAUUCACUUGUAUUUAUUGUGGACGGAAUUUUCGACAACGGACUAUACUAAAUCAACAUUUACGUAUACAUACCGGAGAAAAACCGUACAAAUGUUUACAGUGUGGAAAGGAUUUCAGGCAAAAAGCCAUUCUUGACCAACACACGAGAACCCACCAGGGAGAAAGACCAUUUUGCUGCCCAAUGCCUAACUGUCGUCGUCGGUUUGGUACCGAACAGGAGGUCAAGCGUCACAUUGAUAACCAUAUGAAUCCACAUGCCAAUAAACGAAGAACGGAUAGUGUAAAACCUGGAAGGCCACCACACUUAAACACUAUACUCAAUCAACCAUCUGGCAUUGUAAAACCAGAGUUAUAUUUCCCACAGUGUUAUGCAAUGCCUUCACCUUUUGGUAAUCAUCAUCAUCCCCAACAAAGUUUUGUUUCUUCUCCAGCUAAUCAUGUUCCUCCACCUCCUCCUCCUGAGUUUAAAGGCCCACCGACAGUAGUAAACAAUUCGGCAGAUUUCAAGGCUCCACCUACAAAUCUUACAACUGCUACACCAAUUGCAGUUGUUCAAUAA